AUGACGGACCAGCUGAAGAACGGAGUCUCAGGCGUGCAAGAAGAAGCUCAAGAUGCGACCAAAGGAACUCCUGUAUCAGGCGUUCAGGAGAAGAUAAAAGCUGGAACCGAUGGUGUGCUCAGCACGCUUGAUAAAUGGGGAGGAUGGAUAGCAGGGAAGGGCAAAAGCAUCAUUGAUGGCAUCUUUCCUCCCGAAAAGCGAGCUGCCUUCUUGGCCAAGCUGCAGGACUUCAUGCUCAGGAACCCGAAGCUCUCUGCUUUCUUGGGAAUGAACCUCGCUCUUACUGGCAUACCGCUCGGGCUUUUCGUGCUUUUCAGCUUGUCAGUCUUCAUCUUCGCUCUGGUUGUGGCACUCGUGGUUGGCCUGCUGGUCGCUGUCCUCUUCACAGUCUUUAUGGUCGGCGUGGCUCUGAUUGUCGUGUUCCCCACGGUCAUGUUCACGACUGGUGCUGCCUGCUUCCUCUUUCUGUGGGGUCUUGGAGGGUAUUAUAUUCUCAAAUGGGCUAAUGGGGAAGGCGGAGGUGAGCCGAAGCAGGCGCCCGAAGGACAGUCCAUUGGCGAUCAGUUGAACAAUCUCACUGGCGGACGUCUUGGGGGCUUUAUGGAAGGCGCACGGUCGCAGAAUGCGAAGAAGGGCAUCGAAGGAUACAAUGAUCGCUACACGAAGCCGGCAAACCAGGACUCGAAAGGCGAGAAAGGUUCGACUGCGUCUACGACAGGCUCAGAUGCUCAGAAGCAUGUGAGUGUUGCCUUGUCCGAGACGACGAAUGCUGCUGGCGGAGUUCACAAGACAGCUACUAAUGCUACCGACACAGUGAGCAACGCCAAUACUGGUGUAGCGUACGCCAAGGGAGGCUUAAAAGGCACAACGGGGCUCCCUAUCCCUUGA